GCUCAAAUUGGGGGAUUUUCGGGUUAUAGCGUCAGCGGAGCGUGUCGGAUGAUGCGUAAGAAACUUUCGGGCGGCGGAAUGGACGCGACGGUGGACGAGCUGAGCGCGGCGUAUAAGGAGUUCGUGGCGGCUGCGGUGGCCGUGAUGGAAGCUCGCGAGCAGUCGGGCGGCCAGAAGACGGCAGCCACGGACGCGGCGCUUGAAGCCUUCAAGCAGCGAUGGGAGCUCUUCCGCGUCUCCUGCGACCACGCCGAGGAGCUCGUUGAGUCCAUCCGCCAGCGCAUCGGCUCCGAGUGUCUCGUCGACGAGGCCACGGGAUCUUCCUCUUCCGCCUCCACGCCCGCAAGCGUCGCGUUGGCUGCCCCCGGCAUCAAGCCAAUCAGCGCCGUCCGCCUCGAGCAGAUGAGCAAGGCCGUCCGCUGGCUCGUUAUCGAGCUUCAGCACGGCGUCGGAGGGCCCUCAGCUGCCGGACCUGGCGGUGGCGUCUCAACCCCGGCUGCCGGCGCCGGAGGGCAGCAUGUGCACGGCGGGGUCGAAUCGCGCUUCCCCGAGGAUGGCACCCAGUAGGUACUGUUGUUGCUUAUUAACUAGUAGUAUCAUGUUUCAAAAAAUAAGACAAGGAAUUUAUGUGUUAAGUUUUGAGAUUGGAAACAUUACAGUUUGUUGUGCUCAGCAUAGUACCUGAUGCGUAAAGGUGCGAAAUAUGGGGAAAGAACCACCAAAUGAUUGGCAUUAUUGUUGCUAGCUUGUUUCCUUGGCUGGCUGAUA